CUUUGUACCGUUAUUUGAUUAAAUCUAGUUAUAGAUAUCCCCUAGCAUAUAAUAAUCAUAAAGAAAUAGGAUCUAUGUAUCUGGUUACUGGAGCUCUAUUCAGUGUAUUGGGUACUAUAAUGUCUAGUAUGAUCCGCAUCGAACUUUACAAUAGUGGUUCUCGAAUUAUUUGUGCAGAAACGAUAUCUACAUAUAACGUUAUUAUCACGAUACAUGGCCUAGCUAUGAUCUUUAUGUUCUUAAUGCCUGCUCUAUACGGGGGAUAUGGUAACUUCUUUCUACCUAUAUACAUUGGAGCUUCAGAAGUUGUAUUUCCACGAAUUAAUGCGGUAUCUUAUUUACUAUUACCUUUAGGUUCUGUCAUAGUCAUUCAUAGUAUAACAUCUGAGUACGGUAGUGGUAUGGGUUGGACAAUGUAUCCACCUUUAAGUACUAGUCUGAUGACAUUGAAUACGGAAUCCACAGAUUGGAUCAUUGUUGGAUUAGGUAUUUUAGGUAUUAGUAGUUUAAUAAGCUCUAUUAAUUUUAUUGGUACAUGUUUAUUUUUAGGAUAUUCUAGUGGUUCCAGGUUAUCGAUUUUAUAUAUUUGGUCUAUUUUAUGUACUGCUAUUAUGUUAAUUAUCACACUUCCUAUUUUAACUGGAGCUUUAGUUAUGUUAUUAUUAGAUCUACAUAUCAAUACAGAAUUCUAUGAUUCUAUGUAUUCAGGUGAUAGUGUCUUAUUUCAACAUCUAUUCUGGUUCUUUGGACAUCCAGAGGUUUAUAUUCUAAUUCUACCUGGUUUUGGUGUUAUAUCACAGACUCUGUCAUCAUAUACUAUCAGAAUAGUCUUUGGUGGUCAAGCUAUGAUUAUAGCUAUGGGUUGUAUUUCUAUUUUAGGUUCAUUGGUUUGGGCUCAUCAUAUGAUGACAGUAGGAUUAGAAGUAGAUACUCGUGCUUAUUUCUCUGCGAUGACAAUUAUGAUUGCCAUUCCUACCGGUACUAAAAUUUUCAACUGGUUAGGUACUUAUAUGGCUAGCGAUUAUACUACUAGGAAUAUUGAUUUUUGGGCAGCACUUAGUUUUAUUAUCCUAUUCUGUUUGGGAGGUACUACAGGUGUAGUUAUGGGUAAUGCAGCUAUGGAUAUUGCAUUACAUGAUACAUAUUAUAUUGUAGCACAUUUCCAUUUUGUGUUGUCUUUAGGAGCAGUUAUAUCUACUAUUUGUGGUUUUAUAUUUUAUGCUAAAGAUAUGUUCGGAGAUACUAAACACUUAUUCCAUUUCACCACAGCUACUACUCCUAUAUUAGGUCUAUGGUUAUUAAUCUUCUUAAAUAGCAUUAUGUUAAUUUUCAUACCUAUGCAUAUUCUUGGUUUCAAUGUUAUGCCUCGGAGAAUACCAGAUUAUCCUGAUUAUAUUUCCUAUAUUAACACAAUGUGUUCAAUUGGUUCUAUCUCAACUAUUAUAGUCUUAUUAGCUAUGCUUUAUUAA